GUAGAAGCUUUAAUUUUCGUGCUUAUCUUAAUUGUUGGUUUAGUUUAUGCAUGGCGAAAGGGGGCAUUGGAAUGGUCUUAGCUCCUGAAUAUUCAAACAAUAAAAAGAAAAAAGGAAAAAAUUGAGAUAGUUAUGAAUUCCAUUGAGUUUCCCUUAUUUGAUCGAACAACCCAAAAUUCAGUUAUUUCAACUACAUUAAAUGAUCUUUCAAAUUGGUCAAGACUCUCUAGUUUAUGGCCGCUUCUCUAUGGUACCAGUUGUUGCUUCAUUGAAUUUGCUUCACUAAUAGGCUCACGAUUCGACUUUGAUCGUUAUGGACUAGUACCAAGGUCGAGUCCUAGACAAGCGGACCUUAUUUUAACAGCCGAAACAGUAACAAUGAAAAUGGCCCCUUCCUUAGUGAGAUUAUACGAGCAAAUGCCUGAACCAAAAUAUCUUAUUGCUAUGGGAGCAUGUACAAUUACAGGGGGGAUGUCAAGUACCGAUUCUUAUAGUACUGUUCGUGGAGUCGAUAAGCUAAUUCCUGUGGAUGUAUAUUUGCCGGGCUGUCCACCUAAACCAGAAGCAAUUAUAGAUGCUAUAACAAAACUUCGUAAGAAAAUAUCUCGAGAAAUCUAUCCAGAUAGAACUAUGUCUCAGCGAGAGAAUCGUUGUUUUACUACCAAUCACAAGUUUCAGGUUGGGCAUAGUAUUCAUACUGGAAAUUAUGAUCAAGGAUUCCUUUAUCAACCGACAUCUACUUCAGAGAUUCCUCCUGAAACAUUUUUCAAAUACAAAAGUUCAGUAUCUUCCCCCGAAUUAGUAAAUUAGACAGGAUUCCUUUGCACAGAAUAAAAAGUCGCGGCUCAAUCUUCAUAAAUUUCAUCGUAAAUGUGAAAUACUUAUAAAAAACAUGCGGGAGAGAUAAAAAAGAUGCAGGGUCAUUUGUCUGCUUGGCUAGUUAAGUAUGGGCUAAUUCAUAGAUCUUUGGGCUUUGAUUACCAAGGAAUAGAGACUUUACAAAUCAAACCGGGGGAUUGGCAUUCCAUUGCUGUCAUUUUAUAUGUAUAUGGUUACAAUUAUCUCCGCUCCCAAUGUGCCUAUGAUGUAGCACCAGGCGGACUAUUAGCUAGUGUGUAUCAUCUUACUAGAAUAGAGUAUGGCGCGGAUCAACCAGAAGAGGUAUGCAUAAAAGUAUUUGCCCCGAGGAGGGAUCCUAGAAUUCCGUCUGUUUUUUGGGUUUGGAAAAGUGUGGAUUUUCAAGAACGGGAAUCCUAUGAUAUGUUGGGAAUAAUAUUGGCAAGCUGCUGUAAGUUUUCGAUAAGAUCUUGAAUACUAUCCUAGAAAAUUCAUGAUUUAUUCGAGAAAAAUUAUAACAAUUGAUAAGAUCAAAUAAGUCUGGGAGUAUGAACCUUCAAUUCAAACAUUGAAAUUCUUGGCUAGCCGCAAUAAAUUUGGCUCGCCCCAUUUCCCGAUUCUAAUCCUUUUUCCGGCGAAAGACCUUAUUAGGUUAGGGUCCCUUAGAAUAUCUAAUUGUGGGUAUGAAAGUGAUUUGUGAUAAUCAAAGACUCUUAUUACAAAUUUAAACUUCAGUUGAAUUUCUGAACAUUCUUUUCUAUUUCUAGAAUUCAUUUCUUGGUGUCAAAAUAGGAUAUGUGAUAUAAAAAUGGAGGAUCUAUUAUCUUUUCUCGUUUUUCUUUUUCAAAAAAUGAUCUUGGAGGUUGUGUAAUGCUUACUCUCAAACUUUUCGUUUACACAGUAGUAAUAUUCUUUGUUUCUCUCUUCAUCUUUGGAUUCCUAUCCAAUGAUCCAGGACGUAAUCCUGGACGUGAAGAAUAAAAUAAAAAUUUCGUUUUUCUUGCUUGAUUUACAAUUUUCUAAAGAUUUUAUUUUAUAUAUUCAUAUUCCAUACGUUUAACUAGUAAAAAAAUCAUUUAAUUUAAAAGGGGUUUGCGAAAUUUGAAAGAAAAAAAAUAGAAAGUCAUCAACGGAAACGGAAAGAGAGGGAUUCGAACCCUCGGUACGAAUAACUCGUACAACGGAUUAGCAAUCCGUCGCUUUCGUCCACUCAGCCAUCUCUCCCAAUUGAAAAAGAUAAUUACUAUGUUACAUUACACAUCAAGUAAGGAUUAACGAAAGUAUUUCUUUCACAUUCUUUAUCAAAUCAAAAAAUAUAUAAAAAAAUUAGAAUCUAUUUGGAACAUAAAAAUGACUAAAUCAGAUGAAAAAAUAAAAAAUUUUCCGAUAAAAAAAGAAAUAAAGAAAUCGAAAAAAUGCUAGACCAUCCCCUAUUUCUAUGUUAUCCACCUUUUUCAAUCAAAAAUGCGGGUAUCAAAGCUAAUCCAACGAACCCAUAAUUUGAAUCAACUAAGGUAAAAAAUCAAAUGGGACGGAAAUAAAUAGAGCUGCUUAUCACGAUGAA